UUCAAACUCAAGAUGGUGGAAAUUUGCGAUGUUGUUUACUUCGUAUAAAAAGAAAUCAUGAGCGAAAUAUCGCUCGUGUUAAGUUAAAAUGACAACGAAUGGUUUGCUUGAGAACUAUUUUGUCCAUCACAAUGUCAAAAACGCCAAUUUAACAGGCCAUUCUGAAAAGGUUAAUAUAGAAAGCUUUGAUCUCUUGAAGGUUCUUGGUACAGGAGCAUACGGAAAAGUAUACUUAGUGAAAAAGAAGGAUGGCUUUUACAAAGGGAAACUGUUUGCCAUGAAGGUUUUAAAAAAAGCCACAAUUGUGCAGAAGGCUAAAACGACGGAGCACACGAUGACAGAGAGACAGGUUCUCGAGUCCGUCCGCAGUUGCCCGUUCCUUGUCACUUUGCACUGGGCAUUUCAAACGGAAUCUAAACUCCAUUUAGUUAUGGACUAUAUCAACGGAGGCGAACUUUUCACACAUUUGUACAAACGAGAUAAAUUCAGCGAAGAUGAAGCAAGAAUCUACAUUGCAGAAAUUGUGAUCGCUAUUGAGCAUCUUCACAAGCUGGGUAUAAUCUACCGUGAUAUUAAGCUUGAGAAUAUCCUCCUCGAUUCAAAAGGACAUGUUGUUUUGACUGACUUUGGACUGAGUAAAGACUUUAGUCCAUCUGAUGAGAUAAAAAGAACAUAUUCAUUUUGUGGAACAAUUGAAUACAUGGCCCCAGAACUGGUAAAUGGGAAUGGUAAUGGACAUGACAAGGCUGUAGAUUGGUGGAGCUUAGGUGUUCUUCUGUAUGAGCUUUUGACGGGUGCCUCACCAUUCACUGUUGAUGGUGAAAAAAAUAGCCAGUCACAGAUUUCAAAGAGGAUCACCACUAAAGAACCGCCAAUACCAAUGUCAUUCUCAAGAGAAGCAAAAGAUUUUGUCUUACGAUUGCUGGCGAAGAACCCUUCCAGGAGAAUUGGCAGUGGUCCAACUGGGGCAAAUGAAAUAAAAAAACACAGUUUUUUUAAGAAGUUAGAUUGGACAAGUGUCUAUGAACGAAAGGUCCCAGCACCGUUCGUUCCACACAUUAAUGAUGAAAUGGAUGUCAGUAAUUUUUCAGCAGAAUUCACCGGCAUGACUCCUCAUUAUUCACCCGCAGUUGUGCCUAAUGUCACUGGCCAAGUUUUCAGGGGAUAUUCUUACGUCGCUCCGUCCAUAGUUUUUAACGAAACAACGACGUUAGAAGACUGCAUCAGGCCCACCUACGAACAUCGAAAUUUAUCUGCAGGGAUUAGACAAGCUUCUUUCUUCGAGGAAUCACCAUUCUUCCAAAAUUACAUGGUAACUGACGAAAUACUCGGAGAUGGAAGCUUUUCAACGUGCAGAAAAUGCAUCAAUGUCAGAACAGGUCUUCAUUACGCUGUUAAAGUGAUCAGUAAAAGACGGGAUCGUACACAGGAGGUUCAGUCACUACGAUUGUGCCAGGAUCAUCCCAAUAUUGUCAAUAUACACGAAGUCUAUCAGGAUGGGCUUCACGUGUAUCUUGUGAUGGAGUAUCUGCAGGGAGGUGAACUGUUUGAUAGGAUUCGACAGAAAAAGAAAUUUACAGAAGCUGAAGCAAGUGUUCUGAUUAGAAAGAUCGUUUCUGCCGUGGCUUUCAUGCAUUCCAGAGGAGUUGUUCACAGGGACAUAAAACCUGAGAACUUACUGUUUGUUGAUCACACUGAAGAUGCGGAGAUCAAGAUCAUUGAUUUUGGUUUUGCUAAAGUAAAGACGGUAAAUCAGCCUCUCCAGACCCCAUGUUUCACCCUCCAUUACGCCGCACCCGAGGUUCUCGCUCAGACCACGAGACAGAGUGGUUACGAUGAAUCAUGUGAUCUGUGGAGUCUUGGUGUUAUUCUGUACACGAUGUUGUCUGGUCAGGUUCCGUUCCAGAGGAGCGGCAGUCCCAGCAAUACUGCAGCCAAUAUCAUAAACAGAAUAAAAAUGGGGGAUUUUAAAUUCGAGGGACAGCAAUGGAGCGCUGUGUCACAGCAGGCAAGAGAUCUUAUACAAGGUUUACUGACAGUCAACCCCAGCGAACGACUGACGAUCAGCGAGGUCCAAAAUCACGAGUGGCUCUCAAGCGGACGAGACAUACCAACCACGCCACUCAUGACUCCAGGUAUUCUGGGGAAAGGAACAAAACGUACUUUUGUUGAGAGCGCUUUGAACGCAGCGUAUAACGCAUUUCACAAAGCAACCAGGGAGGGAUUUGCUCUUCAGGCGGUCGAGCAAGCGCCCUUGGCUAAAAGACGAAAACAAAAAAAGGACACCUCAGAGGAACGUCGUUCAACUAAUUGCAGCUCUGAAGGCAGCUCCUGCGGUGAUAUCAAUGAUAAUCGAAAAUGCCCAGAAGAAUUAACCUGAAGCACCAAAGGUGAUAAUUUUUUAGCAACAAGAUCAUUGUAUAACAUUGUAUAUAGUAGAAAAUUAAGUUAUACAUGUCGAUAUUCGACAGCACUGUGUCAUGUGAGAUAUGCAUGUUUAUACUCGUGCAUGAGUUUGAAAAUCUUUUGCAGACCGUUUAUCCACAUUUCACCCAAUGGCAUCGUUUUCAUGUUUAAUAUGAACUCGUGUUUCGUGCUUAGUAAGGUUUGAGAAUUACUUUAUCGAACCUAAGAUUGUGAAGAAGCGAAUCUGUCCAGGAAAACACGGGAAUGUCAUCUUCAUCCACUCCAGGACAUACCUUACUAAGCUGAAUUAACAUGGAAACGCAGCCAUCAGGUAAAAAAAAAAAUUGGUUUAGGUCUGUUGUUUGAAGAUGAAACUCGUGAAGAUAUUUCCAUAUUGAGUGAAGUGUUGGCACUUCAAAAGAGAUUUUGAGGGGGGGUGCUUGUGUCAAACCCACUGGCAUAUAGUAGAAAAAAUCUAGUAUAAACCUUGUCAUGUUUUUGUCUAUCUCUCACACAAAUGACACAUGGUUCAGCCAGGUAUUCAAACCAUAUUCUUCACAAGACAACAGAUGCUUAGAUUGCUAUAUGAAGCAUGCUUUGCAUGAGGACACUAGGUCUGAACAUUAAAAUAAUCUUAAUUGAAACAUCAAGUUGUAAAAGAACAAUAAUAAGAAGGCAUAUCUAGGCAAGUAAGAUCAACCAGAUAGUGAAUAAAAAA